CGCCGGCGUCAGAGGCCGCCCGGGACUCGGCAGGGCGGCACUGCGCUGCGGGACCUGCGCCGGCAGGAGCUUCCGAAGGAGCUUAACCUGUCCCCCAAGGCGUGAGUUCCCACCUGCGGCACUCUGACUGGAGAAAAACUGUAGUUAUGCAAUUAGAAAUAAAGUUUUGGUAACGGGCACCCUUGAAGAAGAUUUUUAUCGUUUCGAAAACUGCUUAGAUCUUCUCUUUUUUAAUCACCGACUGAAAGUAGAGGUUGAUUUUUCUGGGGUGGUGCAGAUGGAGGAGACUGUAGGAGGUGAAACCGAGUUAGGGGGACAAGACGAGCCCAGCUCCUCUCAUGGUCACUCUGCACAGCAGGAAUCAGAGCAACUGAGAGCAACACAACUUUCUUCUAAACCUCAUAUUGAUCUCUGUCCACCUCUCAUUGCUAUAAAAAAAGAGACAGAAAGCAAGUAUCAUAGACAUGGAGGGAACCUGAAGACAGGGAGCAGCGAGCUAGGAUCUGCUGUCACAGGAUCAUCUCUGACUACUGUUCUUCCGGCAAGUGUUUUUGUUCUAAAGCAGUCCACUGAUAAGAAAAGUAAAGUACUUUCCAGUGAAAGCAGAAAAGAACUAGCCAAGCAAGCCAGAGUAACCAAAGAGGAGAGAAGAGCUCACAUAGAUGGAAGACACAGGUAUUUGAUAUCAAGAUUAGCAGAUGGGAUAGACUUGAGUGAACAGCAAGUGGAGGAGGCUAUUAUUUCUGAUGACAAGUUUCAACUAAUAGAACAAUUCUUUGCCCCUAGUGGACUUAAAAAGUUGCUCUUCUUUUACCAAGAUGUAUUGCAGCAAAUGUCAAAUGCAUCAUUAAGGCCAGAUGGGUCAACGAACAAUUUGCCUCAGAAGAAUUUAUUUAUUGCCAUGGGUUCCACUGAGGACUUUACAGGAACUUGUGCAUUUUUCCUAAGAACAUCAGAUGAAGUUAUAACUGCAUCAAAUGUCUCUCAGGAGGUGAAUUUUGGCAUGUUUGACUGUACUAAUGGAAAUAUUCUUCAGGGCCUGGAAUUCUUCCUGUCCCAGAUCAUGAUACCAGCACUGAAAUCCCAACAGAACUGGGGAGCUGUGAAAGAAGGCUUGAAGAGCAAACAGAUACAAGACUUUCUGUAUGCAGUGGAUAAAUUUGUGGGUACUUUGUCAUCAUCUAGACAGAAUAUAGAAGAUAAAAUUCAGCUCACAAAAGUGGAUAUUGAUGUUUAUGUCAGAAACUUACAGAACCCAUCUGACUACAUAACUGCAGGCACUAACAGAGAGGUCACCGAGAAACUUGAAGAAGUGGUCAUGAUUUGGACCAAACAGAUUAGACAAGUUUUAGUGGAGAGUGAACAGAUUAGAAGAGAAGCUGAUGAUGUUGGUCCAUCUGCAGAGCUGGAACACUGGAAGUCAAGAAUGUCAUCAUUUAACAGCCUUUUAGAUGAGAUCAAGAGUUCAAAAGUAAAGAAAAUUAUAAGUAUUCUUCAGGCAGCAAGAUCAAAGACAUUACAGCAGUGGAAGGAACUGGACAGUAGUAUAACAAUUGCUGCCAAUGAAGCUAAGGACAAUGUGAGAUAUUUAUAUACAUUGGAUAAAUUUUUUGGUCCACUUGCCCACGCUUCACCUGUAACAGUGAUGGAACACAUUCCCAGCUUAAUGAACAUUGUCUUUAUGAUCUACUGUACAUCACCGUACUACAACACAUCAGAGCACAUGACAUCCCUGUUUCUUAAAAUCACCAAUCAAAUGAUUAACACAUGCAAGACCUAUCUAUGUGAAGGGGUUUCAAAAAUCUGGGACCUGGACAGGCAAGAAUUGCUAAAGAGGAUACAACAAUGCAUUUGCCUCAAAGAAAAGUACCAAGCAUCCUUCCAGAAAAGUAGGGAAGAGCUAAAGGAAAAUCCAAGUUACAAACAGCUUGAUAUCAGUGAAAACUACAUAUUUGGAAAAUUUGAGACCUUCUGUAAACGUUUGGAGAAAAUUUCAGAUAUGAGCAAUACUAUGGAAAGUCUUUUAGAGCUCCAGCGUAUAAAAAUAGAAGGCAUUGACAAGAUCACUACUCAAUACCAGAGCAUUGCUACAAAUACAAAAUCCAAAGAGUAUGAUGUUCUGGACCAUAGGAAAAAAGAGUUUGAAAAAGAUUACCUUGAAUUUAAGAACCAGAUUGCAACAUUGUAUGAAUCUAUACAGGAAUUUGUGGAUUCCUGGUUUGAGAAGACCUUAACUACUGAACAGAUGCUGGGAUUUCUGAUGAAACUUGAAGUAAUAGGAGAAAAUAAUAUUGAUCUAAAUGAGAAGUAUACCAUUGUUCUUCAACAGUACAGCCAAGACUUAGACUUUAUUCAAAAACUCUAUCAGAAGGAAAAGGAAAAUCCACCUAUACCACGUAAUAUACCACCAGUAACAGGGAAGAUUAUGUGGGCCCAGCAGUUAUUCAGAAAAAUUGAUCAUCCAAUGAUGUUCCUUAAAAAGAAAACCACACUUUUGAAGACAAUGGAAAUGAAAAAAGUUAUCAGGAACUACAAUAAAAUGGCUGCAGUUCUUUUGGAAUUUGAGCUUAUUUAUCAUAGGGCCUGGUGGAGGUUUGCUGAUCAGGCUAGGAAUGCUCUGUGUGCUUCCUUACUUGUCAGGCACCCAGAAACCAAGGAAUUAUUUGUAAACUUAGACCCAAUGGUUCUGGAAGUACUUUAUGAGACAAAAUACUUGAGAAAAAUGCAUUUUGAAGUUCCAGAUGUUGUCCUUGGCUUGUGUGCAGAUGAAGAACAGAUUAAAAGACAUCAAAGGGAACUCCAGAACCUGUUGAUCAGUUACAAAGAACAUCUGAAUGGGAUUCCUGUUGUGCUGCAACCGCUGAUGAAGCCAUGGAUAGGACAAAUUGAGGAUGCUUUUACCCCGGGCCUGAUGCAGCUGUCAUGGACUUCUUUAAACAUCCAUAAAUUUAUUCAGAAUGUUUACAGUACCCUGAGGGAGUUGGACUAUGUAGUCAAAGCAGCAUCUGACACCCUGGAAUGCAGAAUUGAAAGAAUUCUGAAAGACAUGUCGAACACUGCUCUGAUAGUUUUGCCAGAAGAUGAUCCUAUAGAUGUGACUUCUUUCUUGGAACAGAUAGAAAAGCUUGCUACUUCUGCUGCUUCCAAACUGUCUCAGCAGAGCCAACAAGUGGAAAGCUCUGUGUAUGAACUUAUAGAUAUUCUUAAGCACAGUCUGGAAGCAGAUGCUGGAAGAACUCUGGAGGAUUCCUUUGCCUGUACACAUCUUGACGUGAAACAGAAAACACGCUGCCAAGAAUGCCUGUCCUGUAGCUACUAUAACCUGGUGGGACAGCUUUGUCAGAAGAAUACUGACUCUUUGAUCAGAUGCACAAAGAUUUCUUUAGAGUCCUUAAGACAUCGACUGCGUGUUAUUGACUCCAGGUAUCAGACAACUAAGUUUGUAGAAGUACACAGGGUUCCUUUGUUCAGAGCUGAAAUUCAACUGGCUAUUCCAAAUAUUGUCCUGAGACCAAGUCUUGAAGAUAUUCAGGUUGAACAAGCUGUUGCUUUACAGUUAGGUGAUGAGAGUAAACUCACCAAGAUGGUGGCACUGAAACCUUUAGACAAGCAGAUCAUCGAACAUAAAGAUGUAAACAAAGUGGUGAUGCAACUAAAUACAAUUAUUUUGUCUCUUAAAAGUGAAGCACUGGUUCUUCUGAAGACCUUUUCUGAAUUUUCGGACAUCUGGAACAAGGAUCCAGAAGAAAAAGUGAAGGAAUUUUUAGAUACUAAACCAACGAUGGCUGAAUUCCAAUCUCAAAUCAGAUACUUUUCUCAAUUAGAGAUGCAAAUCAGAGAACUGCCCAAUCAUUGUGCACUGCAAUCAGUGGAAGUUGCAACUGAGUCAUUGAAAAUAGCUUUAAUUCGGGAAUGCCGCUCAGGACAAAGAACAUUUGGAUUAGCUUUAAACAAAAAGUCUGCCACAGAUGUGGGUGAAAUUUAUUCAUUCAUUGAAAAUGUUAGCAAGAGGUUAAGCAGACCUAUCCAUGACCUUGAUGAUGUGCGGGAAGCAAUGGAAGCGCUGAGUGAGAUCCGAGAGAAUGAGACUAAAAUUGACACAACAGUUGGACAUAUAGAAGAAUCUUAUUCUGUGCUUCAUAAAUACAAUCUGCUCUUUCAAGAUGAAAAUACAGAAAGAGGUGAUGGAUUGGCCUAUGCCUGGAAGAACCUAAACACACAGGCACGACAGGUUGAGGACUUGCUGCUGAAGGUACAGCCAGUCAUGAAAACAGAUUUUCUGAGAGAUGUUCAAAAAUUCCAAAUUGCUACUGCAGGAUUUUAUAAAGAAUAUGAUGAAAAGGGCCCCAGCGAGGACAAUAUUCCUCCCCAUGAAGCAAGUGACAGAUUACAGAUAUUUCAAGCUAAAUUUGAUGAACUGUGGAGGAAGUAUCUCUCUCUUUCUAGUGGGGAAGAAUUAUUUGGUCUUCCCAUCACAGAGUAUCCUGAACUUCACAGAAUUAAACGUGAACUUACCUUGCUUCAGAAACUUUACAGUCUUUAUGAUACAGUCACUUCUAGUAUCGACAGAUACAAUGAAAUGCUUUGGAAUGAUUUAAAUAUUGAAAAACUUAACAGUGAGCUCCUGGAUUUUCAAAGCAAAAUUCGAAAGUUACCGAAAGCAUUGAAGGAAUGGCAAGCUUUUCAAGACCUAAAAAAAAAAAUUGAUGACUUCACUGAGAGCUGUCCUUUGCUUGAAAUGAUGAAAAACAAAGCAAUGUUGUCAAGACACUGGGAAAAAAUUGCACAAGUAACUGGGCAUCACUUUGAUGUUGACUCUGAAAUCUUCACUUUAAAAAACGUAAUGGAUGCCCCUUUAUUAAAACAUAAAGAAGAUAUUGAGGAUAUCUGCAUCAGUGCUGUCAAAGAAAAGGAUAUUGAAGCAAAACUGAAGCACGUCAUCAGUGAAUGGAGUACUCACACUUUCAGUUUCGGCCAGUUCAAAGCUCGAGGAGAACUUCUUCUGAAAGGAUCAGAUAUAUCAGAGAAAAUAGCUUUGGUGGAAGAUAGCCUCAUGAUACUGGGGUCGCUGAUGAGCAACAGGUAUAACGCACCGUUUAAGCCCACAAUACAGCAAUGGGUUCAGAAGCUGACCAAUACUGCAGAGAUAAUUGAAAACUGGAUUACUGUACAGAACCUCUGGAUUUACCUUGAAGCUGUGUUUGUUGGUGGAGACAUUGCAAAACAACUACCUCAGGAAGCCAGAAGAUUUCAGAACAUUGAUAAAUCAUGGCAGAGAAUUAUGCAGAGAGCCCAUGAAACAUCAAACAUUGUGCAGUGCUGUGUUGGAGAUGAGACUUUGGCACAGCUGCUACCACAUUUGCUGGAACAGUUGGAAAUCUGUCAGAAAUCACUGACUGGCUAUUUGGAAAAAAAGCGGUUAAUAUUUCCAAGAUUUUUUUUUGUAUCUGACCCUGCUCUCCUGGAAAUCCUUGGUCAAGCAUCUGAUUCCCACACCAUUCAGGCACAUUUAUUAAGUCUGUUUGACAAUGUUAACCGAGUGGGAUUUCAUGAAAAAAACUAUGACCAGAUUUUAUUGUUUGAAUCUCAAGAAGGAGAACAGGUCAAUAUUAUUGAACCAGUUUUAGCUCAGGGCAACGUGGAAUUCUGGUUAGGUCAGCUGCUGAAUGGGAUUAGGAAAACAAUCCACACCAUCAUUAGACAGGCGUCAAUGGCCAUUAACGAUUCAGAAUUUAAGAUGUAUGACUUUCAGGCAAUGUUUCCUGCACAAAUAGGGCUUCUGGGAAUUCAAAUUAUUUGGACCAGAGAUGCAGAGAAGGCACUGAACAGUACCAAAACGGACAAAAAGGUAAUGCACACAACAAAUCAGAAGUUCUUGGAACUUUUAAAUUAUUUGAUUGAUAUGGCAACACACAAUCUGACAAGAAUGGAGCGGACAAAAUAUGAAACUUUAAUCACCAUUCAUGUGCACCAGAAGGAUAUCUUUGAUGAUUUGGUCCGUUUGAAUGUAAAAUCUCCAUCUGAUUUUGAAUGGCAAAAGCAGUCUCGAUUUUAUUUUCUUGAAGACUUGGAUAAAUGCAUUAUCAAAAUCACAGAUGUAGAGUUCACCUACUGCAAUGAAUACUUAGGCUGUACAGACAGGCUUGUAAUAACUCCCUUAACUGACAGGUGUUACAUCACUCUGGCACAGGCCCUGGGCAUGAGUAUGGGUGGUGCACCAGCAGGACCUGCUGGGACAGGGAAAACAGAGACAACUAAAGACAUGGGCAAAUGCUUGGGCAAGUAUGUUGUUGUUUUCAAUUGUUCAGACCAAAUGGACUACAGAGGACUUGGUCGUAUCUAUAAAGGUUUAGCUCAGUCAGGUGCGUGGGGUUGCUUUGAUGAAUUUAACCGCAUUGAACUUCCAGUUUUAUCAGUGGCGGCUCAGCAGAUAUAUAUUGUACUUCAGUGUAAGAAAAAAAAGAAACUGAAGUUCACUUUCACUGAUGGUGAUGUCGUUGAGAUGGACAGAGAAUUUGGUAUAUUUCUGACUAUGAACCCUGGCUAUGCAGGAAGACAGGAACUUCCCGAAAAUCUGAAGAUUCAGUUUCGCACGGUUGCCAUGAUGGUGCCUGACCGUAGCAUUAUUAUGCGAGUCAAGCUGGCAAGUGCUGGUUUCCGAGACAACCAAAUCCUCAGUCAAAAAUUCUAUACACUCUACAAACUCUGUGAAGAGCAGUUAUCUAAACAGGUUCACUAUGACUUUGGUCUUAGAAAUAUCCUGUCUGUUUUAAGAACACUUGGCGCAGUGAAAAGGUCUAAUCCCCAAGAGCCAGAGAAAACUGUUGUGAUGAGAGUUCUGCGGGACAUGAACCUCUCCAAACUGGUGGAUGAAGAUGAACCUUUAUUUAUGAGUCUCAUUAAUGACCUAUUCCCUGGAAUUACUCUGGAUAAAUCUGGGUAUCCUGAGCUACAGUCGGCUAUCCAAAAACAGACAGAGGAAGCAGGGCUUAUUAAUCAUCCACCAUGGAUACUUAAACUUAUUCAGCUGUAUGAAACUCAACGAGUCCGACAUGGUAUGAUGACUCUAGGUCCAACUGGGGCAGGAAAGACAAAAUGCAUUCAUAUUUUGAUGAAAGCAAUGACAGAUUGUGGUGCUCCUCAUAAAGAGAUGAGAAUGAACCCAAAGGCAAUCACAGCUUCCCAGAUGUUCGGUACCCUUGAUGUUGCUACAAAUGACUGGACAGAUGGUAUUUUCUCUACAUUAUGGAGAAAAACUUUAAAGGCAAAGAAGGGCGAGCAUAUCUGGAUAGUUUUGGAUGGAUCUGUUGAUGCAAUAUGGAUUGAAAAUCUGAACUCUGUUCUGGAUGAUAAUAAGACCCUUACUUUGGCCAAUGGAGAUCGCAUUCCGAUGUCCCCCAACUGCAAAAUUGUUUUUGAGCCCCACAGCAUUGACAAUGCUUCCCCCGCAACAGUUUCUCGUAAUGGGAUGGUCUUCAUGAGUUCUUCAGUUUUAGACUGGAAGCCUAUUUUAAGGGCUUGGCUGCAGACACUGCCGGUCACAUACUCCAAUGUCCUAUGGAAUUGCUUUAAUGCUGUAUUUCAGGAUGUGAUGGAUUUUAUUUUCUCUGCUGUGACACCAAAAAUGUCGAUUUUAGAAUGUAUGUACAUCAAGCAAGCCAUUGACCUCCUACAGGGUUUGCUGUCUGGCCGAGAUGAGAAGCAGCUCAGUGAGGAACAUAUUGCUCGCUUGUUUGUUUUUGCUGUGAUGUGGUCAGCUGGAGCCCUCCUGGAGCCAGAUGACAAGCUGAAAAUGGAGCUGUUCCUACGGAAGCACUCUGCAAUGAAAGAGCUUCCAGCUGUGAAUGGAGAGGAAACCAUGUUUGAAUUUGUUAUCAAUGCCUGUGGACAGUGGGAGCACUGGUCAAAGAAGGUCCCUGAAUAUAUUUAUCCUAAAGAUUCAGUACCAGAAUAUACUUCCAUUCUAGUUCCAAACAUAGACAGUGUCCGAACAGACUUUCUAAUGCACACUAUCAUGAGGCAAGGAAAAGCUGUUUUGCUAAUUGGGGAACAAGGAACAGCAAAAACUGUUAUGAUUAAGAGUUACACAAGCAAGUAUGAUCCCGAUGCUCACUUGAGCAAAUGCCUAAACUUUUCCUCUGCAACUCUGCCACAUAUGUUCCAAAGAAGCAUAGAAGGUUACAUAGGCAAAAGAAUGGGCGCUACACACGGUCCUCCAGCAGGGAAGAAAAUGACUGUCUUUAUUGAUGACAUUAACAUGCCUCUGAUUAAUGAAUGGGGUGAUCAGAUCACCAAUGAGAUUGUAAGACAGCUGAUGGAACAGAAAGGUUUCUACAAUUUGGAGAAGCCAGGGGAAUUCACAAAUGUAGUUGACAUCCAGUUUGUAGCCGCUAUGAUUCACCCUGGGGGAGGUCGGAAUGACAUCCCACAGCGCCUGAAACGCCAGUUCACCAUCUUCAACUGCACACUACCUUCCACUUCCUCUAUUGAUAAGAUAUUUCAAACAAUAGCUGAAGGCUAUUUCUGUGAACAACGACAUUUCCCCGCAGAAGUAUGUAAACUGGCUUCAGCAUUAGUAUCUACAAGUCGAAAGGUUUGGCAAAUGACAAAAGCAAAGAUGUUACCAACUCCAUCUAAAUUUCAUUACAUCUUCAAUUUACGAGACCUCAGUCGUAUUUGGCAAGGAAUACUUACAGUUACUUCUGAUGUCUGCCAGAGCAUCAGUGUUUUGGUAGCCUUAUUCCAACAUGAGUGCAGACGUGUUAUUGCAGACAGGUUCAUCAGCCAAGGUGAUAAAGACUGGUUUGAAGACAUGAUGAGGAAGAUUGUUUCUGAGGAACACGGUCAAGAUAUGUUUGGAGAUAAAUGCACGGAAUUAUACUUUGUGGAUUUCUUGCGUGAUGUCCCAGAGACUACUGGAGAUGAGCCUGAUGAUGCAGAGUUGAAGGCUCCUAAAAUUUAUGAGCCUAUCCCAUCUUUGGAUUACUUGGCUGAAAGAUUACGGAUGUUCAUGCAACAGUACAAUGAAACUGUCAGAGGAUCAAAGAUGGAUUUAGUAUUUUUCAAGGAUGCAAUAAUCCAUUUGAUUAAAAUAUCACGGAUCAUUCGUACUCCACAAGGAAAUGCAUUGUUGGUGGGUGUGGGUGGAUCUGGAAAGCAGAGUCUGACCAGACUAGCAGCAUACAUUGCUGGACACGAGAGCUUUCAGAUUACUUUAACAAGAACAUAUGCCACCAACAACCUUUUGGAUGACCUGAAAAUGUUGUACCGUGCUGCCGGUCAAAAAGGAAAGGGUGUUGUCUUUAUAUUCACAGACAAUGAAGUCAGAGAUGAAUCUUUUCUUGAGUACAUGAACAAUGUUUUGGCUUCAGGUGAAGUCUCAAAUCUUUUUGCACGGGAUGAAAUAGGUGAAAUCACACAAGACCUGAUUCCAGCAAUGAAGAAGGAGUACCCAAGGCUUAGUCCCACUAGUGAAAAUCUUUACAGUUACUUUCUUGCUCGAGUUCGGAAUAACCUGCAUGUGGUUCUUUGUUUUUCUCCUGUUGGAGAAAAAUUCAGAACUCGUGCACUCAAAUUUCCAGGUCUGAUUUCAGGCUGUACCAUAGACUGGUUCCAGCAUUGGCCUAAAGAUGCUCUUGUAGCAGUUGCACAGCAUUUUCUAGCUUCUUACCAUAUUGAGUGUACAGAUGAAGUGAAACAGAGUGUUGUUAACACCAUGGGAACAAUUCAAGAUAUUGUAGCUGAAAAAUGUGUUGAAUACUUUGAACGAUAUAGGAGACGGACCUUUGUCACACCAAAAUCUUACCUGUCCUUCAUUGGAGGUUACAAAUCUAUUUACAAAGAGAAGUUUGCCAGUCUUGGAAGUUUAUCUGAACGCAUGAGAACAGGUCUUGCAAAACUGAUGGAAGCUGAGGUUUCUGUAAAUCAGCUCUCCAAAGAGUUGGUUAUGAAGGAGAAAGAUUUGGCUAUAGCUUCAAAAAAAGCUGAUGAAGUUUUAUUGGAAGUUACAAUGAAAGCCCAUGAUGCAGAAAAAGUUAAAAUGCAGGUGCAAACAGUAAAAGACAAGGCUCAGGCUAUUGUGGAUGACAUUGCCAUUGAUAAAGCAGCAGCAGAAGAGAAACUUGAAGCUGCAAGACCUGCACUGGAAGAAGCCAAGGCAGCCCUUCAGACAAUAAAACCUUCUGACAUUGCAACUGUUCGCAAACUGGGUAAGCCUCCUCACCUGAUAAUGCGGAUCAUGGACUGCGUGCUGCUUUUAUUCCAAAGGAAAAUAGAUGCAGUGACACUAGAUCAUGAGCAUCCAGGUGUGAAGCCAUCAUGGACUGAGGCUCAGAAGCUAAUGAAUCAUUCAGGAUUUCUUAGCAUGUUGCUUACUUUUCAGAAGGACUCAAUUACAGAAGAAACUGUGGAGCUUUUAGAGCCUUAUUUGGAUAUGGAGGAUUAUAAUCUUGAGACUGCUAAAAAAGUGUGUGGAAAUGUAGCAGGUCUUUGCUCAUGGACACAAGCAAUGGCUUACUUCUAUGGUAUUAAUAAAGAAGUUCUUCCUCUUAAGGCAAAUUUAGCUUUGCAGGAAGGAAGACUUGCAGCUGCCCAGAUGGAGCUGAAUAGUGCACAAAAUCAGCUGGACGAGAAGCAAGCGGAGCUGGAUGAAGUACAAGCCAUGUAUGACACUGCCGUGAGAGAGAAGCAGGCCUUGCUCGAUGAUGCUGAGGCGUGCAGAAGGAAGAUGAACAAUGCCUCAGCUCUGAUUGAAGGCUUAGGGGGUGAAAAGCUUCGUUGGACAGCAAGCAGCAAAAACUUUCAAAAUCAAAUUAUUAAUUUGGUGGGGAAUGUUCUUCUGGCCACUGGAUUUCUCUCUUAUUCUGGACCUUUCAAUCAGGAGUACAGGAAUUUGCUACUCCAAUUGUGGAAGAAAGAGAUGGACAAUAGCAAGAUUCCAUACAGUAAAAACUUGAACCUUACUGGUAUGCUUGUUGACAAUGCUACAGUGGGUGAGUGGAACAUCCAGGGUCUUCCAAAUGAUGACCUUUCAAUUCAAAAUGGCAUUAUUGUCACAAAAGCAUCUAGAUAUCCUUUGCUGAUUGACCCACAAGGUCAAGGAAAGAUCUGGAUCAAAAAUAAGGAAAAGAAUAAUGGACUGCAGGUUACAGCUAUGAACCACAAGUUCUUCAGAAGUCAUAUAGAAGACUCCUUGACCCUUGGCCGACCUCUGUUAAUUGAAGACAUUGGAGAGGAACUUGAUCCUGCUCUAGAUAACAUCUUGGAAAAAAAUUUCAUAAAAUCUGGUUCAGCAUACAAAGUGAAAGUAGGUGACAAGGAGGUAGAUCUGACAGAGGGGUUUACCCUCUAUAUGACAACAAAGGUGGCUAAUCCUGUUUAUACUCCAGAAAUUAGUGCAAGAACAACUGUGAUUGACUUUACUGUUACUAUGAAAGGGCUGGAAGAUCAGCUCCUUGGUCGUGUCAUCCUCACAGAAAAGCAGGAACUGGAAGCAGAAAGAAUCAAACUGAUGGAACAAGUGACAUCCAACAAGAGGAAAAUGCAGGAGCUUGAAGAUAAUCUGCUCUGCCGUCUAACCAGUACAGAAGGCUCUUUGGUUGAAGAUGAGUCUCUGAUAGAAGUCUUAAGGAUCACUAAAACAACAGCAGAAGAGGUCAGUGAAAAAUUAAACACAGCAAUGGAGACAGAGGUGAAAAUCAAUACUGCACGUGAAGAGUAUCGACCUGUGGCAGGUCGAGGUAGCAUCCUUUAUUUCCUCAUUGUGGAGAUGAGCUUGGUUAAUGUCAUGUACCAAACAUCUUUAGGGCAGUUCCUUGGCAUUUUUGACCUAUCAGUGGAAAGAUCUCGUAAAUCUCAAAUUCCAGCAAAAAGGGUGGUUUAUAUAAUCGAGCAUCUCACCUAUGAAGUCUUCAAGUACACAGUUCAAGGGCUGUAUGAAAAUCACAGGUUCCUGUUCACAUUACUUCUGGCACUGAAGAUUGACUUGCAGGCCAAGAAAAUUACACAUGCUGAGUUUGAGACACUGAUCAAAGGAGGUGCCAGCUUGGACAUGAAUUCUGUGGAACCAAAACCAAAAAAGUGGAUCCUUGACACGACAUGGCUCAAUCUUGUGCAGUUAUCUAGCUUGUACCCUUUCAAUCAACUUCUAGUGCAAAUUGUUAAGAAUGAGAAGUCUUGGAAAGCUUGGUUUGAUGAAGAAGCUCCUGAAAAAUCUGUUAUUCCUGAUGGUUAUGACAGCUUACUGGAUCAAUUCCAUAAACUGCUCCUUGUCCGUAGCUGGUGCCCCGAUCACACCGUUGCCCAAGCUCGGCACUACAUUGCAGAAUCUCUUGGAGGGAAGUAUGCAGAAGGAUUUAUUCUUGAAAUGGAAGCAAUGUGGACAGAAAGUGGCUGUCGAACACCUUUGACGUGCCUUUUAUCAGUGGGGUCUGACCCCACUGAAAAUAUAGAACGUCUUGCAAAAUCAAAGAGUUCCAGCUGGACUACUGCAUUCUUAACAUAUUGCAUGUAUUCUUCUGCACUUAAGCUUUCUUCACAAUUAAUAUCAAUCAGUGUUUUACUGUUAAUUCUAACUAUUCUACAGGAAAGAAGAAAGUUUGGCCCAUUGGGCUGGAAUAUUCCUUAUGAAUUUAAUCAGGCAGACUUCGCAGCCAGCGUGCAGUUCCUUCAGAACCACUUGAACGAUGUGGGCAUCAAGCAGGGAGUGAACUGGAGCUGUGUUCGCUACAUGCUCGGAGAAGUGCAGUAUGGAGGCCGCGUGACCGAUGACCUCGACAAGGCACUGCUGAAUACGUACACAAGGGUCUGGUUUGGAGAGCACAUGUUCAGUGAAAAGUUUUGUUUCUACAAAGGCUAUGUUAUUCCAAAAGGGAAUACUGUGGAAGACCAUCUCCAGUACAUAGAGCAGUUGCCAGUGAUUGAUACACCAGAGGUGUUUGGACUUCACCCUAAUGCAGAUAUAACUUACCAGACCAACCUGGCUAAUGAGACAUUCAGUACCAUAGUGAGCAUCCAGCCCAAAGACAGCAGUACCAGAGGGGGAGAAACCCGGGAAGCAGUGGUGCAGCGUCUUGCUGAUGAGAUGCUAGAGAAGUUACCUCCAGAUUAUAAUCCUCAUGAGGUGAAAGCACAACUUCAAAAGAUGGGAGCUUUUCAGCCCAUAAACAUAUUUCUCCGUCAAGAAAUUGACCGGAUGCAACUUGUUAUAUCCAGAGUUCGAACUACACUGACUGAUCUCAAAUUGGCUAUUGAUGGAACCAUAAUUAUGUCAGAAGAAUUGCAAGAUGCUUUAGAUAAUAUUUACGACGCUAGAAUUCCAAAACUGUGGUCUAGGAUUUCCUGGGAGUCAGCUACUUUAGGAUUUUGGUUUACUGAGCUUCUUGAGCGAAACCAGCAGUUCAGUAGCUGGCUGCAGGAUGGCCGUCCAAACCAGUUCUGGAUGACAGGAUUCUUUAAUCCACAGGGAUUCCUAACAGCCAUGAGGCAAGAGACAACUCGCAUGAAUUUAGCCAAAGGAUGGGAACUGGACAGUGUUGUUUUAUACAGCGAAGUGACCAAGAUGAUGAAAGAAGAUGUUGUUGGCCCUCCUCCUGCUGACAUUGGUGGGGUUUACAUACACGGCCUGUUCCUCGAAGGGGCUGGCUGGGACCGCAGGAACAGCAAGCUGAUCGAGUCAGCACCAAAGGUGCUGUUCACGAGCCUUCCCGUAGUCCACGUGUACGCUGUUAGCACGGCAGCGCCGAGCGACGCACGGAAGCACCAUGGAAACGUGUACUGCUGCCCUGUCUACAGAAAGCCUCGGAGAACAGACCUGACAUACAUCUUCUCUUUGUAUCUGAAAACAGUGCAGAACCCUGAUCACUGGACUUUGAGGGGCGUUGCACUGCUCUGCAGUUCGAAGUAAGGACAGACAGCUACGGAACAAAGAACCAUCAAGCAGGAUUAAUCUGCAGCCAGUAUUGCAUUGUUGUUGUCAAAGUGGUGGCUACCUUCUCACUGUGGGGUGGGAAUUGUCAGGUGAUACAUAGAGAUUAGGUUAGUUGCACAUAAAUCAGCUUCCUCUGUUCACAGCAAAAAUACUACAUGUAUUUACCCUGGGAAUAUCAGAGGGAAAACAGCUGCAGGUGUAAAUUUGGCAACUCUUAUAAACCAAGUGAGAAUAUAAUCAACUAACUUGCUCAUAAUGGAAGCACUACAUAAAAAAGUGCUUAUGAUAGUGACAAAUGCUCUGACAUCUUAUGGUGGUCUUUUGUAGAUGUUAUCUUUCUUUUUAAUACAAUAAUGUUUGAUAAUAUAAUAUAAUUAUUUUAAAUUCAACUUUGUAGUUAAAAUCUCAUCAUCCAUAGCAUUAUUAAAGCUGUAAUGACAAGAUAAUUAAAUGCAUGGUAGAGUUUUAUGUUUAUCUGCAUAUAUUUCAAUACACAGUUCCUUUGAUUUUGCAUUUCUAAACUUGCUGGGUGGUUUUACUAAUGGCUGCGACCAUUUUGUUGAACAAUCACUUUUUAAUGCAAACAAUCAUAGAAAAAGAAGUGUUUAUCUUUGCACAAGUGCCUCUUGCACCUAUUAACUCGUUUCAAAACCUAUAUCCACUUGUAAGGAAGUUGUGCACACCCCCCAUUAUUAGCAGGAAGAAAAAUUUGAAUGUUUUCUCAUAGUAAACACAUCUGAACACCAUUUUUGCUCUAUUAACACUCAUUCCAUUUGCAUUAGUGCCUGAAUCCUGCAAAUUCAAACCUCUUAACUUCUUGUUGUUCUGUAUUUUGCAUCAGUUUAGUUUAAAAAAGAAGACAACACACAAUCCAUACUUCACCUGGAAUGGUCGAAGUACUUUUGUGUUAACCACUGCUCUCUCUCUCUCUCUACCCUGUAACUGAAGGAUGUGAUACUUCUUUUAAUAGACAGAUGGCUAUUGGUGGAAAAUGUGUUUGGCUUCUUUCACUAGCACAAAUUCAAAGCAAAAGAAAUUGUUGUUGGAUGUUAUGAAAGAAGGACUUGCAAUCAGGACUUUGUUAAUAUUUUUUUUCUCCUUGUAAACACUUUUAAUUUUUGUAGAGCAAGUGUCUAACAAAGUAGUUCAUCCCUUGGUAUAGCCAGUUUUACUCUGCAGUUAGCAACUGCAAGGCUUAUUCCACGAGGAAGUUUGAUAUUCACACUCACACCCACAACCAAGUACAGAGUGCCAGCUUUCUUCUUGGAAAACAGAGCAGACAGGGACAGGGUCCCUUUUUUCCAUUUAGCUAGGAGCAACAGUGCUGGCAAGAUUAUCUUUUCAAGUGAAACCAACUGUUCCAAAAAAAUACACCAGACCUCCCUGCAGUGCAGCUGUACAUCAACCAAUUUCAUUGAGAAUUUUUUUUCUGAGAAUGCUGAAGGAUUUGGCUUCAUGAUCAUUGAUCUUGGAAAUUAUGGAAAAGAGGGGGGAGACUUCAAGCAGCAAAGGUCUGUGCUGUUCCACAGAAACUGAGGCUGCAAACCAUAGUGCUUUCCCCAUCCCCUACCUUUAUUUAACUUUAUUGGAGUAAUUUAACCUUCAUCUCUUGGUACAUGUAAAAGUCCGAUCAAUAACUGUGAUAGUAAUUUCAAAUAAAAAAUUUAAUACGUGAAAUACUUUGCACACCUGAGAAACUCACUGCUUGCUAUGAAACAAAUCCUCCUCUGACCAAUUGAAGCUAGAAGUAAACAUUAAAAAAAUAGAUGUUUGAUAGAGCUUCUAUCUGGUGCUACGUUAUAUGCCCCAUGGAAACUGGAAACGUGGAAACUUCUUUUCUUUGUCAAGCAAAAUAAGAAAAUUAAAUGCUAUAUGAAGAAAAUCUAUAGGCAAUGAUGUUCUAUCAUAUAGUGUUCUGCUGUAUAAAAAUGCAAAUAAAUAACUUAUUUGAACAUCAAAAUUUUCAUUUCAAUAACUAAACCCUGUUUAUCAGUUUAAAAAAUGCCAACCCUUGCAGAACAGAAUGCAGGCCAUAUGACUGAAGAAUCAGAAAAUUCAUACAGUAUUUCACUGAAGAUAGCUAGAAUUUUAUACAGAACUGAAGAACAUAAAGUGACUUUACCCCAAAAAGGCUUCUUAUCACUAGUAAAGAACACCAAACAAAACCUUCAGUAUAUCCUACAAGCAAAAUGCUCUUUCCUUGUUGCAUGUGAUUAUAGUAGAGCGGAGAUGAACAAUUUACUAUUGACAGAAAUAUGUUCCUUUCCCCACCUCUGUCUCUUUCUCUAUGCUGCCCUUCCACUCAGUGGAGUUGCUGCUCCCAAUCUGACAACAUUAAUUUGAUUUGAAAUGUCACUGAUACGGUAAAACAUUGACCUUCCCCAACCAGUGUUCCCUAGUUACUAUUGCUAAAGCUGUUUCACUUCAAGUGGGAUGUACACCAAUCUAAAUGAAAGAACUGGCAGGCAGAAUACUUGAAAUCAAACUAAUUAUAUUUGAAUGAUAGAUUAACAAUUAGCUGUAAGUCUUCAAACAAUGUAUAUAGAUAACCGAGUUAUGCUCUUCUGUUAAAAUGAACCCGAGAUAUUAAAUACAAUCAUACAGCUUUUGGCAAUAUAGUACAAGUUUCACACAGAUAGUAAUGACUAACAUUGCUUUAGAUAAGUGCUUUGAAGGCAACUCCAUUUAAGAAUGAAGAGAGCAAUACAGUCCUGCACCCCAUGUCAGCGUAGCAGUCAUGUUUACAAACAUAUCUGAUGUCAGGGCACUGGCUCCUGAGAGUUGCAAAUAAACAGCAUUCCAUAGUCCAAAGGGUGUCUGUCUCAUAAUCCCUGAGGCUGUGACUGGUCAAUAAUGACAAUGAUAGGAAAAAAAGAAUUGGGUUAUGGAUUGGCCCUGUACAUCUGUGACUUUGUAGAAUAGAUUUUAAUUGCAGUGAAACUCGGAAAAAACACAGAGAGUGGAAAAAAGCAAUUCCCUUGUCUGGUCAGUUAUAUUCAUAAAUCCUAUGAUCCUCUGUAAAGAAUAAUAAUUUUCUAAAAAAAAUCUCAAGGAAACUGUGGUUAUAAUAUUCUAACUUUUCUCUCAAUUUAUCCAGAACCUAUGCAUUCAUCUUAUUCCACUUUUACUGCUUCAUAUAAUUGCCUUUCUCACAAUCUCCUCUUUCCAAGACAUGAAUACUAUACCCCCUUCCUUUUUCCUCCUGCUAUUCCAUAUUUAAUGUGUCUUCUUUUUUAUUCUUACUUCAUUAAUGCACAAAACACAUUGCUUACUUACAACAAACCUUCCUAUUCCAGAAGUCUGGAAAUAACCUGUAGUUGUUUCAGGAUUUUCUCUUUUCUACUAAGAAAAAACACAAUUUACU